AGAACUUUCCAGUGUACUACGCUCAGUUCAGUUCUGUUUUGCCUUCAGUGGUGCUAGAUUCAACUGUAACUCUCGGUUCCAGCAUAGUCUUUAAUCAGGAUCUUGUAAGGUUGAGAAUAAUUAAGAAAAGUGCGUGAAAAUGGUGAAAAUACCAACAAUCAAGCAAAAUGAUAAUACCGUGAUGCCUAUUAUUGGAUUGGGCACCUACACAUCCACAGGUGGAGAUUGUAAACGAGCGGUGAAAGAUGCCAUUGACGCCGGCUAUCGCCACUUUGAUACAGCUUACUUUUAUGAAAAUGAAGCAGAGGUUGGUGAAGCAAUCCGUGAAAAGAUCGCCGAAGGAGCUAUAAAACGUGAGGAUGUCUACAUAGUGACAAAGCUAUGGUGUCAUUUCCAUGAUCCGGAGAGGGUGGAAAAGGCCUGCCGAUUGUCAUUGAAAAAUUUCGGUCUGGAUUACAUUGAUAUGUAUUUGAUGCAUUGGCCUUACGCUUAUGUCUAUGAAGGAGACCGCGUAAUGUUUCCAACCGAUCCAUCAGGAGAGGUGAAACUCAGUGAUGUGGAUUAUGUUGAUACAUGGAAGGCAAUGGAAAAGCUGGUUGGUCUUGGAUUGACAAAAAGCAUUGGUGUCUCCAACUUCAAUUCAAAGCAGCUUACCAGGUUGUUGUCAGCCGCAACCAUCAAGCCAGUUCACAACCAGAUCGAAGCUCAUCCUGGUCUCAGUCAAAAGAAACUCAUUGAAUUUUGUAAAAACCUCAACAUUGUUGUUACGGGUUAUUGUCCUCUUGGUCGUCCUGAAGGAAAUCGAGGUGACUUCCUAAACGACAAGAAAAUUAUUGAAAUCGGCAAGAAAUAUAACAAGAGUUCCGCACAAGUAAUUCUACGAUGGCUGGUCGACAGCGGAGUUGUCCCCAUUCCAAAAUCCGUUACAAAGAGCCGUAUUCAAGCCAAUAUCGAUAUAUUUGACUUUCAAUUGAGCGCUGAGGAUCGUCAAGUUUUGGAUGGAUUUAACACAGGACAUCGCAUCAUUCCCAUGACCCAUGCUAAGAAUAGUCCACAUUAUCCGUUUCAUGAAGAAUUCUAAGAGUAUUAAGUUUUUGUUUGUUAUAUGAAUUACGCGUUUAAUUUCCAAAUAAAGUUUAUCAAGUUUAUUGAAA